AUGCUGCAGCAAGUACCAGGCAUAACAAAAACAUACUACAGUUCAGACUCACUCCAGCAAUCAACAGAGACAUUUGCUUCAUUUGAAGACUGCUAUCCAACUGAGUUUCUCAACACACUGACUUUCAACGGAGUUCCUGAUCAUGAGCUCAUCCUUAAGAAUUAUACACCAAUCAUGCUUCUACGCAACCUCAACCCUGGACUUGGGCUGUGCAACGGUACGCGUAUCAUGAUAACGUCGUUGGGUGACAAUGUUAUCCGAGGGACCAUCAUGGGAGGUUCCAAUGACACCGACGAUGUUAUCAUUACAAGAAUUGUGCUUAAUAUCGAAAAUUCAAGGUGGCCAUUUAUACUUAAAAGGCGUCAGUUCCCUGUACGCUUGUGCUAUGGGAUGACCAUAAACAAAAGCCAAGGGCAGACGCUAGACAAGGUAGGUAUAUACUUGCCUGAUCCAGUUUUCAGCCAUGGCCAACUGUAUGUGGGAGUUUCAAGAGUGAGAUCCACCAAUGGCCUGAGAAUACUCAUUGACAACCCUGCUGACAUACCAGGAGACUACACCAGGAAUAUCGUUUUCAGGGAAGCAUUCACUGAUAUACUACAAGCUUAG